AUGGAGCAUUAUUUCUAUGCGAAACUUGCUGAUAUGCAUAUGAUUUACGGAGAAGCUGGCGGUAAUGGGAGAAGAGCUGAGCGGCUGUACGCCGAACGGUUCCCAGAAAGUCAUCAACCUAGCCACGUCAUUUUUGUGUGGAUUCAUGGACGUCUUCGUGAAAGUGGUAGCGGCCAAUGCUUAGGAGGCGCAGGCCGGCCUUUCGCCGUGCGCAGAGCAGAGUUUGAAGAAGCGGUUCUGCACCAUGUAGAGGACAACCCGUCCAUAAGUGUGCGUGCGAUUGCAAGUGCUAUGGGGGCGGCCCCAUGUCCUGUUGGCGGACUCUCCGGGAGCAACAACUACACCCGUACCAUUUGCUACGAGUCCAAAGCUUGUUCUGGAUGA